GCACAACCUUGGCUAAUCUGAAGCUAUGCCCAUCCCCGGUAUCAAGAUAGAAUCUGCAGUCGAGAGCCCUCCAAAAGGAUUCAGGCGCACAAAAUGGGUUCAGCUGAGGUUUCAGAAUGGGGAACGUAAAAGCAGACAAGAUGUCGUCUUUCGGGAGAGGAAGAUACCAUCACUCAGUCGUUACCGAUAGCUGAACAGUUUUUUUCAAAAUAAAUACCAAAGCACAAAAUGGGCGCUCUGAAGUCCUUCCUCUACGGCCUCACGCUCCUGCAGGUUAUUGUGUCCGCCGUGCCCGUGAACCGAGAGAUUGGCAUCCCUCGCUACUUUCAGCGACAGCCGUACACACGGCACAACCUGACGGCUGCAACAGUCCAGUCGGAGUUGGGUUUGUUCGUCUCGAAUGGCACGCUGAUAUUUGGACCUUCCAGCUCGUUGUGGGAGAACGCGACUGAAAGAUGGAACACCUUCGUACGACCCCAAGUUCAGGUCGUGGUUCAGCCGGCAAGGGAGUCGGAUGUUUCGAAGAUUGUCAAGUAUUGUAAUGAUAACAGCAUCGAGUUCUUAGCGAGGAAUCGUGGCCAUGGAGCAACGACCAGCCUGUCCGCCUUUGAUGGGCUGGAGAUCGAGUUCAGUCAACUACACACCAUCACCAUCAAGGAGGACGGCAAAUCUGCUGUCUUUCAAGCUGGGACGUACGGUGGUCAAGUCAUCCAAACGCUUUGGGACCAAGGCUACGUCACCACCACGGGAGGCACUCCCUGUGUUGGCUUGAUGGGAGUAGCCCUGGGCGGUGGCCACGGGCGCUAUGAAGGUCUCUACGGCCUGAUUUCAGACAACUUCAUCCAUUUGAACGUAGUCCUGGCCGAUGGCGCAGAGGUCGGCGUGAACGCCACAAGCUACUCGGAUCUUUUCUGGGCUAUGGAGGGUGCUGGUCACAAUUUCGGUAUUGUCACCAGUGCCGAGAAGGAAAUCUAUCCUCGCGAAAUCGACACCUGGCAUUUCCACAACUACGUCUGGUCGCAGGAUAAGCUGGAGACUGUGUUCGAGGAGAUGAACAAAUUCCACAAGAGCUACAACGGGACUACACCCCCUCUCAUGGGUGUCAACUUCGGCUCCAUCGUCAUCGAUCCAUCCUACAGUCAAGCUGAGGCGAUCAUUGCCUGGGGCUUCCACUACGCUGGCCCUGCGGAAGAUGCCGAAGAGCUCCUGAAGCCCUUCAACGCUAUCGAGGCCAUGUCAUCGACUCAGGGCGACAUGUCGUACCCUGAGGUCGCUGGCGUCACUGGCGACGACUGCGUGUCGGGCGGGUACGCCAUCUCGACCGUCAUGACCCAGACGUACAACAUCACGACCGAGCGCACCCUCUACAACCACUUUAAUGAGAAGAUCAAGCAGUAUCCCGAGCUCGCCCCCACCGCCCUCCUUUGGCACGAGGGGUAUGCAAACGCCGCCACCCAGGCUAUCGAUUCCGACUUCUCUGCUUAUCCGCACCGUGACGAAAACCACCUAAUGCUCUUCACGACCACGGUACCCGAAGGCUCCGAUCUGCAGGAGCCAGCCGAGGCGUGGGCCAAGGAAGUCUGGGACCUGUGGAACGGUGGGCAGCCAGAGCGCAAGCCCCAGACAUACGUCAACUAUGCGCUAAACCACCCGUAUGAGACCCUCGAGGCCAUCUACGGGUACGAGCCCUGGCGCCUGGAGCGCCUACGGGGACUCAAGGCCAAGUACGACCCGCAGAAUCGAUUCCGGUACUACGUGCCUAUCCUGCCGCAGUAGAUGAUCGAGCCGAACUACCUAAUGCAUUUUGCAAUAGAGUUGAAAAGAAAAUUAUUUUAAUACAAGGAUAUUGAAUAGACUUGAAUAGACCACAAUAAUUAGCUCCGCAGUUACGUGUUUAGGCAAGACUCACUAUAUCAUCCGUAAAUAGUGAAGGACGAGAUGA